AUGGUGUACUGUCCUGUCAGCCAGCAGGCAAAUAUCAGCCUUGGCCCGGUAAGCCAAACAGCCAAGAUGAGUUCUUUGAGCAUUUUCACCAUCUCCCUCCACGGCCUGUUCUCUUCCAUUGGCAUCAUAGAAAACCUCCUGAUCCUCGGAGUGGUGGGCUUCCAUGUCCGUCGCUCCAUCAUCAGCAUCUGGAUCCUGAACCUUGCCGCCUCGGACCUGCUGGCCACCUCUUCCCUGCCAUUCUUCACCCUCUACAUGGCGCGUGGCCACACCUGGACGUUAGGCACCACCUUCUGUCGUCUACAUGCUUCCAUCUUCUUCCUCAACAUGUUUGUAAGUGGUUUCCUGCUGGCGGCCAUUUCUAUGGACCGCUGCCUGGUGGUGAUGAGGCCGGUAUGGGCGCAGAACAACAGGAGCGUGAAGCUAGUGGGGAAGAUAUGCGGUGUGAUUUGGGCCCUGGCUGUGCUCUUCACGAUCCCUUUCUACAUAUUCCGUGACACCUUUACUCUACCUAAUGGCAAGAUCCUGUGUUACUACAACUAUGCUCGACUCCUCCCCGCUGAACCCUUUGACCUGGGGGCUUUGUGCAACCAACGGAAGGAGGGACUGGCCUUUAUGAGGUUCAUUUUUUCCUUUCUGAUCCCUCUACUGAUCAUCAUUUGCAGCUAUGUCGCCGUGAAUAGCAGCUUGGCGCGCAGAGGCUGCCGGCGCCCUUUCCGUUUUGUUCGGCUCGUAGUGGCCGUGGUGGUGAGUUUCAUUAUCUGCUGGGCUCCGUACCACAUCUUCAUCAUCAUGGAGGUAAUGGCAAGCAGUGGCAGCUCUGCGCAGAUAUUGGCAGCGAAGGCGCUCCCAAUCGCAGCAACCAUCAGCUUCCUCAACAGUGUCCUGAACCCCGUCCUGUAUGUGUUCAGCUGCCCUGACCUGUGCAGGAAGAUCAGGCAUUCUCUGGGUGCGGUGAUGGAGACCGUUCUGGCUGAGGAUCUGUUAGAGCUGGCCCGGCGCCGCAGCACCGCUCGCAACUCUAUCAGCACCUCUGAGAUUGUGCUGAAGCAGAAGAAUUCUGUUGUUACCUUGUGUCCAAAUGGAGAGGAUGAGGAGCAGGUUGGAAGACUUGUUAACUCAACAAAGAACUGAAGGAGAAUGUACCAGACAUGCCCUCACAGUGGCCAAGCUUUUACUCACAUCUUUGAAAUAGGCCUUUAUUUGUGAAUGUAUAGUUUCAAAAUACAUUUUAUUAUACGUUGAAUUUGCUGUUGAUGCUUUCUGUUUUUAAUGCAAAUGCUAUGUUUAUCUGAUGUCUUCAUAACUUAAGGAUACUGUACAUCCAUUAGCAUCAGUCAUUUCAUACUCACCAAUCUGAUGAUGUAUAUAUUUUGUUAAAUGACCCAUACAUUAUUGCUUCUUUACAGCUUUGUAAAAAGAGUUUGGACUAUCAGUAGUUGUAAAAGGGGACAUAAACAACAUUUUUGACCUGCAGUAAGCACUUUUUUUUUUUUUUAUAAAUUUGCCCAUUGUGCUUCAAAUAGAUAAAUUAUUUCACACAUGUCCAUUUAUUAUUAUUAAGUAUUGCACUUAAUGCAUAAUGCAUGUAAUGCCUUUACAUUUUAAUGCUGUGACAUUUAUAAACAAAUAAAGAAAGAGAAAAGGAAGUAAAGCACUGUAAUGUUGCAGUUUGACACCUGCCUUGCAACUCUGUAGCCACAGUCAUGUUUCUGUUUCCGUAAUUCACACAGCCUUUUUAUUUUAAAAUGACUGACAGCAAACAAGUGUUUGAAUGUUACAUUUUAAU